ACUACAGAAUUCAGCGCGAGCCGGAGUCAGCUGUCAGUCACGCUGACGUCAUGUGUGUUUGAGUCGCAGCUCGGCGCGCAGGCUUGUUGUAGCGGGACGGACGCAGGAGGCGAGACCCCCGAUGCCGAGGGGUCUCGAGCGCACGCCGACGAGCCAAGUGUCACUCCGAUCAGUCCUAAAAUGGGGUGGAUCUUAAAUCAUAACUGCGCGAUGGAGACGUGAGAGCUCAUAUAGCCUGCUUACUGUAUCAUCCGCGAACCCAGAGAGUCGCGUCUUAGUGUUAAUUUCUUCCUCUUUCACAUCUACACCAUUGAGCACCGAGCGGUGAGACUGCCUCGAGCUGCGAGGCUGCUUGGCGGAGGCAAACCGAGCUAUUUGUUGCUCGUCAUAAUAAUCACCAACAAGAUGAAACGGCGGAAAACGAUGUUGGCGGCAGCGUUUUGCUUCUCCUUUUGUUUCGGUACACUCAUGAACGUGCUCUUCGUGCCCGGGUUCGAGCCGCACCAGAGCCACGACGCGGCACGACAGCGCUCUUUCAUAGCAACUCAGUCGUCUCGCCUUCACAUCAGCGACGACUUUGCGCCUGGAACCGCCUCGGUUCCGGAGUCCAUUACCACUGCGGCGCUCAGCGAGCUUCGCUUACAGAUACGAGGGAGACUCGGAGAGGUGCUUCGGUACCAAAGUGUGGUCGAAGACGCCGCCGCACGACCUCUUGAACGCAGACGGCUGAUGGAUCUCGAGCGGGCGAACAGCUGGAAUCGGUACAGAGCAGCGGAGGACCAUCACGCACGCGGUACCAGAGCCACGCGACGGGCUGCUGCAGGCGGGUCAGGCGGAGCGCUCGGGUGCGGGGACCUGGAGAGAGCCAACAGUGUGCAGUUUGUAGGCUCGGGCUACACCAAAGCAGUGUAUCGAGCAGAGCUGAACUCCAGCUUCUCUGUGGCUCUCAAAUCCGUGGACCUCAGCGGUCACGACAUGGAAAGCUGCGUGAAAAGAUACAGUUCAACUGAGGACUGUUACCGACUCGCUUCAUUCAAGAUCAUCAAAGAGAUGACACUGAUGGAGAGACUGCAACAUCCCAACAUCCUGAAGCUGUAUGGCUACUGCUACCAGGACAGCAAUGAUAUCAAGGACACGGUGACAGCUAUCACGGAGCUUGGCAGCCCUCUAGAGAUGAUCCAGUUGCUGCAGACACCCUGGGAAGAGCGGUUUAGAAUCUGCCUGAGUCUGGCACGUCUACUCCACUACCUGGCUCACUCGCCGCUUGGCUCUCUCACCCUGCUGGACUUCAGACCCAGGCAGUUUGUCUUGGUGGAUGGAGAGCUAAAGGUGACGGACCUGGACGACGCCAGUGUGGAGGACAUGCCAUGCUCAGCCUCUUCACCUACUGACUGCAGCCUAGAGUUCCCUGCUCGCAACUUUACUCUCUCAUGCAGCAGCGGCUACUGCCAGGGUAUAAACGAGAAAAGGAAUCUAUACAAUGCUUACAGGUUCUUUUUCACCUACCUGCUUCCUCACAGCGCUCCCUCGGCCCUGAGGCCUUUCCUCGCUACUAUCGUCAACUCCACAGGGGAACUUCUCUGGGACACAGAUGAGACUCUAGCUCACCUAGAGAAGGUGUUGGAUAUGUAUAGGAAUGGACAUUACCUUCUAAAUGUCACACAGAGACACAAAACAACAGAAUAUAAACAGAUGGAAGAUAUGACCAUACCAGGAGAGAACUACCGCUGCUGGCCGUCCUAUCAGCACGACAGAUGCAUGCUGUCUGUCUACAGCGUCGACGAGGCCAUCGGUGUAUGUGAGAGCCAUGCCCAGUGCAGAGCCUUCAUCAUGACCAAUCAGAGCACUUGGACCGGCCACCAGCUUGUGCUCUUCAAGACGGGUUUUUCCACCAUGGCUAGAGAUAAAGGAAAGCUGAUGUAUAUCAGGCUGGACAGCUGAGAGAGAGAGAGAGGAUGAGGAUGAGGAUGAACUGUGGUCUCAUUGUGCUCUCACAUGGCAAAUGUUAAAAGGAAGGUUGAGACGAGUCUCUCAAUCCAUCCAUUUAUUUUUAAAAAUUAUUUAUGUGAAAUUCACAAAAAAACUGAGCACACUGAGACAUAAUGAAGUGCAAUGGAGUACAUGGUUAUUAAUUUCUGAGAUGGCAAAACCUCUACCUGGUUAAAUCCUUCAUCUUCACAAGUCAUCCUCAGUCACAGAUACACUACCAUCAGGGAGAUAUUCUUCCUCGUUUUCACUUCCUCAAACCACCUUUUCUUCUUCCUGUGUCACUUUCUGUAUUAUGUCACGGCAGGUCACAUCUUCAGGACUCAGGUAUUUAUUUUUUCUUUUCCUAAGAGCUUUAAAGAGCUUCUCUUUCAUUCCAAAUCUUACUAGUUUGUUCAUAUGAUGUGAAGGGAUGGUAAAACAUACAGCCAUAUUUUCAAAUAAAUAUUCUGGCAGCGCAAGAACAUUGAAUAUGAUUAUAAAAGUCCAGUUUACUGUAAAAUGAAGAAACCGUUUUAAUGUAUUCUUCUGAGUAUGACAUUUUUGUUGUGUGCGUGCAUCAGUGAUCAUGAAGUAGCAUGAUCAGUUUUAAAGUGAACUGUAGCUGUUUUAUGUCUUACGUGGAGACGAUCCAACUCCGCACCUACAGUCUGUGUGACUCCUUGUUCAAUACAAGGUGAUUUUUCUUAACCUAGAAAUUUCCAAAGGAAAUGUGAAUUUUUACUUGUCAUGUGAAGGAUGAAACGAGUCUUUGCUUUCAGGGAAAGCAAUUAAAUGAAGCUGAAGUAGAGCAUGUACAUUGGUUUUGGUUUUCUUAACUAUGUAGUGUACAUAAUGACACUUGUGAU